AUGGUGGAUGUAACAUCAAAUUUACCAUCAACCAAUGGAACAACAUUGAUGGGCCGCACAAAAGGUGCUUUGAAAACAAUGCGAACAGCAUUAGGAGGUGGUGGAGAGUAUCUCCAAGGACUGGGUAGCAGAAUAGGAUCAGCAUUGAGCAGCAGCUUUGAAGACAGCGAAGUAACAACUCCGUCCUCGCCGCCGUCGCUUCACUUGAAUGACCAGAACACCAGCCGAAAUGAAGGCACGGCACGACGGAAGUUGCGGUUUCCUCGACCCGGCGGAGGAUUUUCCUAUGAAGAUUACGAAGCAAUGACCCGACAUAAGCUCGAACGGGAAGCUUGUACCCGUUCACGUAGAAAAUAUCCUGCGGGAAUGACGUAUGAGGAGAUUGCAUCUUCGCGAACUUCUGUUGUAAACAAGAAUCCAGUGCAAGUCGAGCAGGAUAUUAGUCCGGACAGAGAUAGUAUUGAGAGUAUUGAGCCACUUGAAGAGAAAGAUAUCCGGGCUACUGGUCCAGAUCCUUACGAUAAACUUGAUUACAAAAUAGAUGUACCUUGUAGUAGUGGCUCGGCGAGUGAUCAAGACGGCUACGGGCCCAGUACGAGUUUAGAUUCAAAUAUGGAUGGUCGAAGAAAUUGGGAAAGAUCAGAAGCAGCUGCUGAUUUUAUGAAAACUUUUGUACCAAUGUUGUUUGAUGCGCCGGAAAGUAUCGACCAGGAGCAAAAAGCUAGCUUUGGCCAAAUGGUUCUUACCGAGUCGGGAAGAAUAUGGUUCUCAAGGGUUGUUAAUGCCAGAAGAGCACGUGCCUGUGUUUCAGAAGCUUCCUUUUAUUCAUUAGCGCAACACUUUGCAGUGGCGUUGUUCGAGUGCCACGAAGCUGAUGAUUUCGCUCCUGCUAAAAGUCUUAUGAAUAUGUGUUUUACAUUUUAUCAUGAAGUGGAAGUCCCUGGGUUGGAGCCGUAUAGAGAAUAUUUGUAUACACACCUUCGAGUCCAGCCUAUCUGGAGAUCCAUGAGAUUUUGGACUGCUGCAUUUUUUGACGCUGUGCAAUGUGAAAGAGCCGCUAGACCAGUUCCUUCGAGAUCAAAGUCUUUAGAUCGAGAGACUAUUGCUGCAGAAGACCGAAAGUAUCAAGCUAAUAUUGUCUUCGGGCAAUUGGGUACUUUUACAUGCAAUAUGCACGCUUUUGGAUUGUCCAGAAAUCUUUGCUUAGAGUUUUUACGAAAACAGUGCGUGAUAGCCAAUCUCACAUCAGAACAAGAAAAAAUGUUACGGGAUAAUAUUAUGCGAAUGUUUGACGAGUCUGAACCAUGGAGGUAG